AUGGCGCUCGUAAAAACCUAUCUACUUGCGCCCAGCUUCAACUUUCGCCCUGAUGGACCGAUCGCGUUGGGGAACAUCAUUGCAGAUCCUUUCCGGCCGCACCGGGUCCUCACGAAGGCUGACCCGGGCACGGCCCAACCGGAGAUCGAGACCGUCUUCGAAGAUGACUUCGUCACUCACCGCAGUGCCGGGCAGGGCGUGAGCGUCAGUGUGUGGGCGCAGUUCCUGGCAAAUGUCGGCAUCAACCUGGGCACCAACUUCAGCAAGGAGACCAGCACAGAGUACAACAUGAGCAGCCUCAAGACCAUCUACUUCAAGUCCGAGCCCAGUGAGCAAGAGCUUCACAAGCGGGUGAAUGUGCCGAGAGUUCGAAACGUGCUGCAAUCCGGCCGUGUCAGAUCAUGUCCCGUGUACAUGAUCUCCGGCAUCAAGAUUGCCGAGAAUCUGGAGAUAGCCACCGAGCGCGGGGUGCACAAGGGAAUCAGUGCUGGCGCCUCCGCUCCUGUGGUUGAAGGUGUUUCUCUCGGGGGCAACGUGGAACUCACGAGAGAUAAAAGCCAGCGAGAUUCAUCUCGGGCCCGACAAGAUGUUGUUUUCGCCUACCAGCUGCUGGAAAUUCGACUGAAGGGUUGGAAAGAAAAGUCUUUGGAGACAAGGGAGUUCCGGUCGAAAGCUGCCUUUCUUGGAGACAAAGAAGAAAAAGAGCCAGAGAUCGAGGUGGAAGCAGCGGAUGCUACGGCGGCUGGCCUUUCGGCUCUUGAUCGAAAGGACAUUUCACCGAAAGCAGUUGAGGUCAGUAAUGGAGAGGAAACGUGUGUUUGUAUUUCUUUCCCUGACGAGCAGAGUUGGUGA